CUCGCUGCCGCGCGCGUGCCCGCCCGCCCCCUCGGGGGGCUGCGGGACAAGUUCGACUCCUGGCCUGGCGUCGCCUGCCGGAGAGGAGUGGCUCGGCCCGGGAGGGCUGCUGCGCGGGGCGCCGCUGUGGGGAAGGGGCUGCGGGCGCGCGCGGGGCCGAGCAUCCCUCCGCCGAGCUCGCCCGCCCGCGCCCCGCGCCGCCUCCCCGCCCGCCGCCCCGCGCCACAGUGACCCCGGGCCUCCCUCCCCACCCCGCUCGGACUUCCAAUAGCAGUCAGACACUGUCAUCCUGCCAUACUAUGGAGCCAUGUUCAUCAGAUGAAUUCUUCCAAGCCCUUAACCAUGCAGAGCAAACAUUUAAAAAAAUGGAGAACUACUUGAGACAUAAGCAACUGUAAUUAGUCGCUGGCGAUCGCAGGAUUCCGGCUCACAGACUGGUGCUCUCCUCCGUCUCGGAUUAUUUCGCUGCUAUGUUUACUAAUGAUGUCAGGGAGGCAAGGCAAGAAGAAAUAAAGAUGGAAGGUGUGGAACCGAACUCACUGUGGUCCUUAAUUCAGUACGCAUACACAGGCCGCCUUGAACUAAAAGAAGACAACAUCGAGUGCCUGCUGUCUACUGCGUGCCUUCUGCAGCUCUCCCAGGUUGUGAAAGCAUGCUGUAAGUUUCUCAUGAAGCAGCUUCACCCGUCCAACUGCCUUGGAAUCCGUUCUUUUGCCGAUGCCCAGGGCUGCACAGAUUUGCAUAAGGUGGCCCACAAUUACACUAUGGAACAUUUUAUGGACGUAAUCAGAAACCAGGAGUUUGUCUUACUCCCAGCCAAUGAAAUCGCAAAGCUCUUGGCCAGUGAUGACAUGAACAUCCCUAAUGAGGAGACAAUACUCAACGCUCUUCUUACGUGGGUCCGGCACGAUUUGGAGCAGAGGCGGAAAGAUCUCAGUAAACUCUUGGCUUAUAUUAGGCUACCUCUCCUUGCACCACAGUUCCUGGCAGACAUGGAAAACAAUGCACUUUUUCGGGAUGACAUAGAAUGUCAGAAACUCAUUAUGGAAGCAAUGAAGUAUCGCUUAUUACCUGAGAGACGACCCAUGUUGCAGAGUCCUCGGACGAAACCUCGCAAGUCGACUGUUGGAACACUGUUUGCAGUUGGCGGGAUGGAUUCAACAAAAGGAGCAACAAGCAUUGAGAAGUACGACCUCCGUACAAAUAUGUGGACGCCCGUAGCAAACAUGAACGGGAGGAGACUGCAGUUCGGUGUCGCGGUGUUAGAUGACAAACUGUACGUGGUUGGAGGGCGCGACGGACUGAAGACUUUGAACACGGUAGAGUGCUACAACCCCAAAACGAAGUCCUGGAGUGUGAUGCUGCCUAUGUCCACACAUAGGCAUGGGCUUGGCGUGGCCGUGUUGGAAGGCCCCAUGUACGCGGUAGGAGGGCAUGAUGGCUGGAGCUAUCUGAACACUGUGGAGCGAUGGGACCCUCAGACUCGCCAGUGGAAUUUUGUUGCCACUAUGUCCACCCCACACACAGUAGGUGUGGCUGUACUAAGUGGAAAACUUUAUGCAGUUGGUGGCCGCGAUGGGAGUUCUUGCCUCAAGUCAGUAGAGUGCUUUGAUCCUCACACUAACAAGUGGACCCCGUGUGCCCAGAUGUCGAAAAGGAGAGGUGGCGUAGGUGUGACAACCUGGAACGGACUGCUGUAUGCGAUCGGAGGACACGAUGCUCCCACAUCCAACUUGACUUCCAGACUUUCCGACUGUGUGGAGAGAUAUGAUCCCAAAACAGACAUGUGGACUGCAGUGGCGUCCAUGAGCAUCAGCAGAGACGCAGUGGGGGUCUGUUUGCUUGGGGACAAGCUGUAUGCUGUCGGGGGUUAUGAUGGGCAGACCUACCUGAACAUAGUGGAGGCUUACGAUCCCCAGACGAACAAAUGGACCCAGGUUGCCCCACUGUGCCUAGGAAGAGCUGGAGCAUGCGUUGUGACUGUAAAGAUAUGACUUCUUGCUUUGUCCUCUAAAUGACGGUACCCUCUCCUACCAGUGGAUUCAUUUGCAGUGACCGUGCAACGCCACAUUCCUAGGCACAAAGUGUCUCAUUUCUAAAUGGAGAUGUUGAAACAAUGGAGGAAGGAAUGGAUGGACCAGGAUGAGAUGCUUCAUCGCUUAGCAAAUUAAAGCUACAGCUGGUGGACUGGAGUCCCACCUCCGGAUAAACAAUAUGAAGACAAGUGCACUGCCCCAGAACAAUCCAGCACUAACUGGGAAUUUCAUCUCUCUUUAGUCGGGCACAUUUUAUUCACGCUGUCCAGAGUUAUGACAAUACAGACAUAUGAACUUCUAAAAUACUACUUUAUAAGUUUAUCAUACACGAACUUC